AUAUACAUCUCAUUCCGUCAUAAAAACUUGUCAGCUUUGGUUCGUUUGUCACUCCUCAACAAUGGCGUGACAAAGCCUUUUUAAUUGAAUUAUGAACUUGUGGAAUGAUAAAAGUUUGUGUAGUAUAGUAUUUUUGACAUCUUUUACCUUGUUUUGUGAAAUGGCAUACCUUGCACAAUGCAUCAAAUUGUCAAGGUUUGGACAAUUUAUUUCGACUAAAAAUUUGUUUGUGAUUAGUUUUCUACUAUGUAUGCAACUGAUACCAGCCAAAGGAGAAGAAGGCCAUUGCGUGUGGUAUGGCCAGUGUAAUAGGGACAUGCAUGGGGUCCAGUAUUGUCCGUAUAACGGUACCGCUAAAGCCUUAGACAACAAAGGACAAGAACUUCUGCAGAAAUGGUGCGGGCACCUUCUGCAAGACAACGGUCAAGGGGUACUGACAUGUUGCGACGCCAACAUGAUAGGAGUGCUUAAUAACAACAUAAAUUUGGCUGCCAAUUUCUUAAAAAGAUGUCCAUCCUGCAUGUCAAAUUUAGUCAGACAUCUAUGUGAUUUUACUUGUGCUCCUGAGCAGUCGAAAUUUUUGGAUGUGACAUCAACUGAGAAGACGAAAGAUGAUAAAGAAUACAUUACUUCUGUCGACCUAUAUAUCAAGGAGAGUUAUUUGACUGGCACUUUCAAUUCAUGCAAACAGGUAUCAGUGCCUUCGACUGGUCAGCUCGCACUAGAUUUGAUGUGCGGUACGUGGGGUGCUAGUCGUUGUACUGCUGCCAAAUGGUUCCAUUAUAUGGGAACUCAAGAGGGCAAUCCAUAUGUUCCAUUUGGAAUCAACUACAUUGCUACUGAACAACCGAAAAACGGAUUUUCACCUUUGGAUCCAAAAGUUGUGCCUUGCAAUGAGAGCAUAGAUGCAAAAACACCAGCUUGUUCUUGUGUUGAUUGCGAAGCAACGUGCCCCAAACCUCCUCCACAACCUGCCCCUCCAGUGCCAUAUCAGUUUGCCGGAAUGGAUGGAUAUGCUUUGAUAAUGCUGAUUGUUUUCUUGGUUGGAUCUGCUCUAUUUUUACUUGGUAUCUACUGUUGCCCAGCCAGAAAAGAUUUCGAGGGUUUGGUGCGAGGGCAUUCAGGUCCCGAACAAAUUCGACGCAGUGUCGGACGACGCCUUGCGUCCGCCAGUGGAGGCGGACUGCACACUCAUAUGGGCAGCGGAUCAGGCGACCAAGAGGACAGCCCACUACAGUCGAAAAGAUCCAGUAUAACGGAGGGAGAUCAGGAAUUAUCUUCACACCCAGGUGUUAAUGGAGAUGAUAUUGAUGGAGUUCAUGUACAAUCAACAACAUUAGAAAAACUUGGCGCAAAUACUGAAACGUUUUUGCAAAUAGUAUUUACUAAAUGGGGAACUUUGUGUGCUACUUAUCCGUGGGUAGUCCUAUUUUUAGGUUUGUGUUUUGUCGUCGCUUUCGGUCAUGGCAUCAAGUACAUGAAAGUAACAACUGACCCUGUUGAAUUAUGGGCUUCGCCCGAUUCAAGGGCGCGUGUGGAACGAGAAUACUUCGACUCACAUUUUGAGCCAUUCUACAGAACAGAGCAAGUAAUUAUUAAAGCGGUCAACUUGCCCCACGUUUAUCACAAUACCAGCGACGGAGUCUUAGAAUUCGGUCCUGUUUUCCAUCGGAAAUUUUUAAUGAAAGUUUUUGAAUUACAGGAAGGAAUUAAAUCUUUGAGUAAAGGCGACUUAAAGAAUAUUUGUUAUGCGCCUCUAUCUUCUGAAUUUCGUGGACCAGUAGGUGUAAGUGAAUGUGUAGUUCAGUCUAUAUGGGGUUACUAUCAAGAUGACAUCGAUAAAUUCAAUGAAACUAGUGAAGAUGAUUUUGGUUACGAGAUUAAUUAUCUUGAUCGCUUCAAAGCAUGUUCACAAAAUUUCUAUAAUCCAGAGUGUUUGGCACCAUACGGUGGUCCCGUAGAUCCAGCAAUUGCUAUGGGUGGAUUUUUAAAGCCGGGCGAAUACUUAACUUCAUCACCAAACUAUCAAAAUGCAUCUGCUGUUAUUUUGACUUUUAUUGUUAACAAUUAUCACAACAAAACAAAACUUUUGCCUGCUAUGAAAUGGGAAAAAGAAUAUAUUGAUUUUAUGAAAAACUGGACUAGUACACAGAAGCCAGAUUUUAUGGACAUAGCAUUUACAUCUGAAAGAUCAAUUGAGGAUGAGUUAUAUAGAGAAUCUCAAUCAGAUGUAUUGACAAUAUUAGUUUCGUAUAUAAUUAUGUUUGCUUAUAUUGCUAUUUCAUUAGGACAAAUACGAACUUGCAGUAGACUGCUGAUAGACAGUAAAAUCACACUAGGUCUUGGAGGCGUGUUUAUUGUUUUGGCUUCUGUAGUAUGUUCAGUAGGAUUAUUUGGAUUUAUUGGAACACCUGCUACAUUAAUUAUCAUCGAAGUUAUUCCAUUCUUGGUGCUCGCUGUCGGCGUAGAUAACAUUUUUAUUUUGGUUCAAACACACCAACGAGAAGUUAGGAAGCAAAAUGAAACAAUACAGGAACACAUUGGAAGAAUUUUAGGUCACGUUGGUCCUAGCAUGCUCUUGACAUCUGUUAGUGAAAGCUGUUGCUUCUUUUUAGGCGGACUCUCAGAUAUGCCGGCAGUUCGAGCGUUUGCCUUAUACGCCGGUAUGGCUUUGCUCAUUGAUUUUCUGCUGCAGAUCACCUGUUUUGUGAGUCUACUCACAUUAGAUACUUUGAGGCAGCAUGGAAACAGAUAUGAUAUAAUAUGUUGUAUACGAGGUUCUAAAAAGGAUUCCGAACCUUACGCAGAAGGCGUACUAUACAAUUUCUUUAAAUCCAUAUAUGUUCCAUUCCUAAUGAACCCGAACGUGCGCGCUAGCGUAAUGGUUAUAUUUUUCGGAUGGCUAUGUUCGAGUAUAGCUGUAGCACCGCACAUAGAAAUCGGUCUAGAUCAGGAACUGUCAAUGCCCGAGGAUAGUUUUGUGUUGAAAUACUUCCAGUAUUUGAAAGACUUCUUAAGUAUUGGUCCGCCAAUGUACUUCGUAAUAAAAAGCGGACUUAAUUAUUCUGAUAUAUCAUCACAAAAUUUAGUAUGCGGCGGACAAUUUUGUAAUUUAGAUAGUGUAAUGACUCAAAUUUACAUGGCAAGCAAAAUACCAGAAACGAGUUAUAUUGCAAGACCAAGUAGCAGUUGGAUUGAUGACUACUUCGAUUGGGCAGCAACACCUAGUUGCUGCAAACAGUAUCCUGGGAAUUCGAGUUUCUGUCCACAUCAAAAUGAAGAUGAUUGUGACAGUUGCACAAUAUCUUUUGAUACAAAAACGAAGCGACCAAUACCUUCUGAUUUUUCAACUUAUUUACCUUACUUUUUGCAAGAUAAUCCAGAUGAGGAUUGUGCAAAAGCUGGUCAUGCAGCUUAUGGACAAGGUGUUAAAUAUCAUUUUCUAUCAAAACAGUCAAGUCUCACGCAAGUGGAUUCUUCUUACUUUAUGACCUACCACACAAUUUUGAAAACAUCCAAAGAUUAUUAUGAAUCCAUGAGAUCUGCUAGAAAAAUUUCUCAAAAUCUUACGGAUAUGAUACAAUGGAAUUUGAAAGCUCAAGGCAGAAAUGAGACUGUGGAAGUCUUUCCUUACUCGAUAUUCUAUGUUUUCUUUGAGCAAUACUUAACAAUGUGGCCUGACACACUGAAGUCUAUGGGAAUAUCAGUAUUGGCUAUAUUUGUUGUUACAUUCUUAUUGAUGGGUUUUGAUAUUUUCUCUUCGUUAGUGGUUGUGAUAUCCAUUACAAUGAUUGUUGUUAACAUUGGAGGUCUUAUGUACUGGUGGCAUAUAACAUUGAAUGCUGUAUCACUAGUUAAUUUAGUCAUGGCUGUCGGAAUAUCAGUUGAAUUCUGUUCACAUUUAGUUCAUAGUUUCUCAGUUUCAAUACAAGCCACAAGAAGUGAACGUGCUGCUGAUGCAUUAACUAAAAUGGGAAGCUCAGUCUUUUCAGGAAUUACAUUAACUAAAUUUGGUGGAAUCAUUGUACUUGGUUUUGCAAAGAGCCAAAUAUUCCAAGUUUUCUACUUUAGAAUGUACUUAGGUAUUGUACUAUUUGGUGCGGCCCAUGGACUGAUAUUUUUACCAGUAUUGCUUAGUUAUAUAGGAUCCCCAAUGAACAAAGAAAAAUUGGCGAAUCACAGAAGAGCCGAAAUGAUGAAUUCAAUGCAAGUCCAGGAGACAUGUUUGAAUCGAGUAAGCCCACAGUCUAAAUUCUCAAUGUCGCAUCAGUCAUCUCAAUCAUUUAGGUUAAAAAAUAUCACACCACAUUUUUACUCAAAAAAAACGUAUCAGCCUAGAGUGCGUAUGGAAAGCAUGUCUUUAAUUAAUACUAAUAAUGGAAUUUACUGCACGACUAUAUCGACGUAGGCGUGAUAAGAAGACGUAAACGGUCUAGAAUAACAUCAGUAUCCUCAUUGCAAAGUGAAUCCUCAAGUCGGCCGAUCUAUGGAUCAAUAAAUCACACCGAAGAUCUUGUGUUUCCAUCCGGCAGCCAA